AUGGCUGCUGUAUCUCCAGAAUAUGCCCACCAGACUAAGGGCCCACGAAUAUUGGCUGUCUUUUGGGCCAUGACCAGUCUUGCAAUUCUAGCUGUGGCAGCCAGGCUCUUCAUCCGUAUUAAAGUCUUGCGCAACCCAGGUGCAGAUGACUGGCUGAUCGCAGCGUCAAUGGUUUUCAGCAUAUCAUAUUCUGUCGUAACAACGGUCGACGUCGCUCUAGGUUAUGGAAAACAUGCAGUCGUCAUAGCAGAUAGACUGGAACUCGUUCUGCUAGUCAACUAUGUCAACUUCGCCUUGGGUAUAAUCUCUUUCGCCUUACCCAAAUUAGCCGUGGCAGCCCUGCUGAGCCGUUUUCUGAACCCGACAACUAUACAACGUGCAAUCUUGUGGGGGCUGACGGGGUUCGUGGCACUGGUGUCGUGCAUCUGCAUCUUGGUGCUAUUUACUAUGUGCGACCCAGCGAGAGCUCUUUGGGACACGUCCCUCCUGUCGAAGGGCGCACAUUGUCGGAGCUCGUGGAUCCUGGUAGACUAUGCCAUCUUCACUGGAGCCGUAUCUGCUUUUACGGAUCUCUACCUGGCAAUUUAUCCGACAGUAAUUUUGCUGAAGCUCCAUAUGUCGCUGCGGAAACGAUUGGCAUUGUGUGCAGCGUUGGGCUUGAGUGCGGUCGCUUGUGCAAUGGCAAUCAUUAAGUGCAUGCAGCUACCGGGCCUUGCUGAUCUCAGCGAUACGACAUAUGCGACAGCAGAUCUUGUGAUCUGGACAAGUAUCGAAUCGAACGUCGUGAUCCUAGCCUCAUGUAUCCCCACGUUACAACCGCUUCUCGAAAUAAUCCUCGGAAAGCGCAGUCUGAGAAGCACCAGCAGAUAUCAGUACAAAGAGAGCAGUACACAACUGCCUGAGUCCAACAAGUGGAGCAGCAAGCGGUCCGGACACCGGAAAAGCAAAGGCAACAUGAUGGUCGCAGAUGUUGGCAGCCAGGAUAGCAUUUUGCAGACAGUUGACGGGGACGAGAGCCAUUAUAUGGGGCACAUCCGUCGUACAGAUAACAUCACCAUUGUGUACGAAAGUGUGACGCCACAGUCAGGUGGUGCUGAUAAUACAAAUAACCAUGUAAAAUAA